UUGAGUUCCGGACAACGAAGAAACAAUAAUGUCUCUAGAGCAGACUUGUAAGAAAAUAAUAAUCCAAGGUGUAGUCCUGGCCACCGUUUUAGGACUGGCCAGAGGAUAUUUGCCCGAUGUGAAUAUAUUUACCAACUACCGCACUGAAGUCUAUAAUGGCAUUCCAUCGGAGAUCGAUACCACACCUUUUGUCCGGAUAGGAGAUAAUUAUUACUAUAUAGAGCCUGUAAAUAAGGUGAACUGGUUCCAGGCGGCGGGCGCCUGCAGGAUGAUGAACGCCCACCUGGCCUCCGUCGAGGACAAAGCCGAAAUGGAGGCCCUCAUCAAGUAUAUGAAAGCGAAGGGCUUCAAGAACAAUGAUUACUUCUGGAUCUCGGGUAAUGAUCUGGGAACUGAGGGGGCAUUCUAUUGGUUAUCGAAUGGACGGCCAAUGACCUAUGCUCCGUGGAACGGGCCCAAGCAAAUGCCGGACAAUUACGGCGGAAAUGAGAACUGUGUUCACAUGUUCUCCACCCGGGAAAUGAUAAACGAUGCCAACUGCAAGAUCCAGAUGCUGUACGUCUGCGAGGCGUCGGAGCCCAAGACCUUCAAGUUCACCUACAUAAAAUGGUAAUGGUAAUUACACUCAAAAAAAAAAAUCAAG